GUGUAUGAACUAGGAUUCUUAAUUAAGAUCAAGGUUUACUUUUUGGUUAAGUGUCAGCAAAGACUAGAAUAUUGAUAAUUUUAGUGAUUAACUGAAAUAAAUAGGUAAAAAUAUAAACAUAUCAAAGGUUCAUUUGGAACAGCUAGAGAAUUUUGGUCAUACUAUUCUUAUAUGGUUAAACCUGAGAAGUUACCUUUAGGAGCAUAAUUUUUCUUAUUCCAAGAGUAAAUUUAACCUGUAUGGGAAGAUCCAUAAAACAUGAAUGGUGGUAGAUUAAUACUUAGAGUAAAGAGAGGAUUUGAAAAUAGAGUAUGGGAAGAAUUAAUAUUGCACUAUUUAAGUGAUGAUAAUCCACAUUUACAAGGAGUAUGUGGAAUUGUAAAAAUUAAUAUUUAUUAUUAAGAUUGCUCACUCUAAAAAGAAUUUUAUACUAAUCUCAAUAUGGAUUAAAGAUUAAAAUAAAUAUCCAAAAUUAUUAGAAGAAUUAACAAAAUGGAUAACAAAUUGCCUUGGAUUAUAAAAUAAAAAAGACUUUGAAUAUAUUGCUCACCCAUAAUAAUAACAAGGAGAAACUUAAUGA